AUGGAUACAAAUAGUUCUGAAAAGGACUUCAUGUUCGCUCAAUUGCUUUCCCUUGGUUUUGACGAAUGGGUCUGUCGAAAAGCAGUUGAUUGCAAUAGAACUGUAGAAGCCGCAACUGAAUGGAUCCUUAAUGCUUUGGAUCCAAACUCGGGAAUUUCUCGUUCUAUUCCUACUUUAUCUCUAGGAAGUUCAUUUGAUCCAAUGACGUCUAAUAAUUCUAUGUCAGGUCCAGUGUCACAAUCAACUCCACAACCAACUAUAAUAUCUCGUCAUUUACAACCAGCUGACGAUUCAGAGUAUACAAAAGAAAGUAAAGCUAAAGCAGCAAAAGCAGCAGAAGAAGUUAAGAAACAAAAAAUCUUAGAACGUGAAGCUCGUAAAAAAGCAUUAUUGGCAAUCAAAGAAGAUAGGGAAAAGAUUAAACAACGGAAAAUGUCACAUCAAGCGAGAGAAAGCGAAAAUAUUGUGAUUGGUACAAACAAUCCAGCUGCUUCUACAUCAUCUCAACCUGGAACUUCAUCGGUGCCCACACAGGAUACAACUCUUAUCCGGAUUCGUUUAUCAACAGGUCGAUCUAUUCGACAAGCUUUUGCAACUUCUGUUAGAAUAUCUAAUUUAUUUGAAUGGGUUACUAACGAGAGUGAACCAAGUAAAGAAUUCCAAUUGAUGUCCCAAUAUCCAAGAAAAGUAUUUGGAGACGAUCAAAUGGAUCUAACUCUUGCAGAUGCCGGUUUGGUACCGAAUGCUUCCUUGAAUGUUGUGAGAUGUGACAUCCCAUCGGUUGUUGUCUCACAACAGCCAAUGCCCCAAAAUGUUCCACCAUCUUCACAAACUCCUAACGUUCCUCCAGGUAUACGACCCACGUUACCACCGCAGAUCCCUAUGCAACCUGCAAUUCCAAAUAAUAAUGCCCCUCCACACUUUCCCGGUGGACAACAUACACAACCAAGUAAUAAUCCACCUAAUGUCCCCCCUCACUUUCCGGUUGUACGACCUACAUUACCACCACAGAUCCCGAACAUUCCACCGAAUUUUCCGGGUGGGCCAAUGCAAGUUCCCAGACAUAUGCAACUUUUAGGUCGCCUUCCACAAAGACCGUUUUUCGGGGGAGGUCACCGUUUAACUGAUGAUCUUCAACAGAGUUCUGAUGGCUCUGAUGACUCUGAUGAUGAAACGGUGAAUGACGAAGAAAAAAGGAAGCGAAUUGCUGAUGCUAUACAAGCAAGAGCAAAACCCGAAGAAAAUAAUGUAGAAGAUGAAAAUGUGAAACACGGGAUCAAGCAUGAAGUUGGAAGUUUAAGAUCAAAAUGUGCAUACACAGUUGCCGCGCUAUUGACUUCUGCAACAAGUUUCAGAAUAAUAAAUUCGCUUGCUAAUGUAUCUUCCAAUAUCGGCGAAUUAUUAGUGGCAGAAUUGAUAAAAAUGGAAAAAUUGGAUGCUCUUACAUUUAAACGUUUUGCGAAUUGGUUGGACACUAUUUCUUCUACGUUACUUUUAUUAAUUAUUAUAUUUUUUAGUGAAAUUGAUCGUUUUUAUGUUGACCACAGUAAUUUGCAGAAUAUUAUAUUAGAUAAUUAUCCGCGGGCAUCCGAUUCAUUAUUGGAAGUUAUUGGUAGUACGCAACGAACUUCAGUUACAAAAGUAAGCUUGAGAGCAUGCCAAGUUUUAACCGAUACGGGAUUAAGAGGAUUACAAGGGUUGAGAUAUUUAGAAACGCUGGAUGUUUCAUCUUGUAGGGUAAGAGAUCGUGCUCUCCAGUUCAUACAAGAGUUUAAUAAUUUAGUCGAUCUAAAUUUAUCAAAGACAAAAGUAACAAUGACUGGUUUAAGGGAUCUAUUUGCAAAUUGUAGAUUUGCAAGCAAAUUGGAAGUAUUAGAUUUGUCGUACUGUGCUGGAGUUUGUGGAAAAACUGUAUUUGCAGAUUUGCAACCAUUGGAGAGUAUACGUUCUCUCAAUCUAUGCAGCACUCAGCUAACACCACCUCAAGUUCCAGUUAAUCCUUCAAGUUUCCAAAAAUUAGAGAUUUUGAAUAUUUCUAGUACUAAACUUUGCGAUCAGGAUGUUAUGAAAAUUUUGUGUGGAUUUAAGAACCUUGUUGAUUUAAACUUAACUAAAACUACAGGAGUUGGCCAAUUUGGGUUGAAAUGGAUGGCAAAAGAGUACAAAUCUCUUAAUGAAAUCAAUUUUCCGAAUCAAGAAGAAGAAAUGGAUGAUAUAUUACAGGACUUUUCUGGACUGCCAUUAGAUAAGCUUAACUUGGAAAAUUUUAAAAAUGUUACUGAUGUUGGUGUAAUGCAUAUUGGCAGAAUAAAAAGCCUAUCAUUUUUAUCCUUGUCUGGAACCAAAUUAACUGAUGCUGGAAUGACAGCUUUGAAAGAUUUAGAGAAUUUGGCCGAAUUGUAUCUUGAUCGAACCAAUAUUACGGAUGUCGGUCUGACUUACAUAAAAGAUAUACGAGGACUUACACACCUAAGUUUAAACAAAACAAAGAUUAAAAAUGAAUCAUUGCGGAUAAUUGGCAAAGCUGCAUUUUCUAAUAGGGGAUUAAAGUAUCUCAAUGUUGGAUACACGCAUGUUACUGAUAAAGGUGUGAGAGAACUUCAAGGACUUGUGAAAUUGAUGUUACUUAAUUUGGAAUAUACAAAAGUUUCUCUGUCUUGUAGACAAAUUCUAGCUGGCUUGCCAUUAUUACAACAUGUGAGACUUAUAGGAAUAACUAAAGAAUUUUGUGAUGAUGAUUCAUAA